AUGGCUGACCAUCUUUUACAUUAUAACGACUCAGCUGGGGUUGGGAACCGAUUCGCCCGCAAAGGUGCUUUGCGGCAGAAAAAUGUGCACGAAGUGAAAAACCACAAAUUUACUGCGAGGUUUUUCAAGCAGCCGACGUUCUGCAGCCAUUGUACAGACUUCAUAUGGGGAUUUGGGAAACAAGGAUUUCAAUGCCAAGUGUGUUGUUUUGUGGUUCACAAACGCUGCCAUGAGUUCGUCAGCUUCUCCUGUCCUGGAGCCGACAAGGGCCCUGACACAGACGAUCCCAGAAGCAAACACAAGUUCAAGAUUCACACGUACGGCAGUCCCACCUUCUGUGACCACUGUGGUUCACUGCUCUACGGGCUUAUUCACCAAGGGAUGAAAUGUGACACCUGCGACAUGAACGUGCACAAGCAGUGUGUGGUCAACGUGCCAAGCCUGUGUGGGACGGACCACACAGAGCGUCGAGGUCGUCUCUUCCUCAAGAUCGAGGUCAGCCUGGACAGGCUACACGUCACAGUGGGUGAAGCCAGGAACCUGAUUCCUAUGGAUCCGAAUGGUUUAUCAGACCCGUAUGUUAAACUCAAGCUCAUCCCAGACCCAAAGAACGAGACCAAACAGAAGACCAGGACCAUCCGUUCCUCUCUUAACCCCUGUUGGAACGAGUCCUUCACCUUUAAACUGAAAGCAUCAGAUAAGGACCGCCGUCUGUCCAUUGAGGUGUGGGACUGGGACCGGACCACCAGGAAUGACUUCAUGGGCUCAAUGUCGUUUGGAGUGUCCGAGCUUAUCAAAGCUCCCACGUGUGGAUGGUACAAGUUGCUGAACCAGGAGGAGGGAGAGUACUACAAUGUUCCCAUCCCCGAGGUGGAUGACGUCAACCUGGAGCUCCGACAGAAGUUUGAGGCCUGCCAGUUAAAUAUCCACUAUCUCAAGAAAGCCAAGCUGGGCCACGGCAAGAAAGUGAUUACACCUUCAGACCACCGGCGGUUCAGCCUGCCUUCAGGUAACAUGGACCGAGUCCGACUCAAUGACUUCAACUUCCUGGCCCUGCUGGGCAAAGGCAGCUUUGGCAAGGUAAUGUUGGCAGAGAUGAAGUCAACAGAGGAGCUGUACGCCAUCAAGAUCCUGAAGAAAGAUGUUGUGAUCCAGGAUGAUGAUGUUGAAUGUACGAUGGUGGAGAAGAGAGUCUUGGCCCAGAGAGACAAACCACCCUUUCUCACACAGCUCCACUCCUGCUUCCAGACUGUGGAUCGGCUGUACUUUGUGAUGGAGUACAUUAAUGGAGGAGACCUCAUGUAUCAUAUCCAACGUAUGGGCAAGUUCAAGGAGCCACAGGCAGUGUUUUACGCCGCAGAGAUUGCCGUCGGUUUGUUUUUCCUGCACCGAAAGGGAAUCAUCUACAGGGAUCUGAAGCUUGACAACGUGAUGCUGGACUCCGAGGGUCACAUCAAGAUAGCGGACUUUGGCAUGUGUAAGGAGAACAUGUAUGAGGGCAUGACCACACGCACCUUCUGCGGCACUCCGGACUACAUUGCACCGGAGAUUAUAGCUUAUCAGCCCUAUGGAAAAUCAGUUGACUGGUGGGCUUAUGGAGUUCUUCUGUAUGAGAUGCUGGCAGGACAGCCUCCAUUUGAUGGAGAAGAUGAGGAUGAGCUCUUCCAGUCCAUCAUGGAGCACAAUGUGUCCUACCCCAAGUCCAUGUCGAAAGAAGCUGUGUCCAUCUGCAAGGGACUGAUGACCAAACACCCGUCAAAGCGUCUGGGCUGUGGCCCAGAGGGGGAGAGGGACAUCAGAGAGCAAGCCUUCUUCAGACGCAUCGACUGGGAGCGCCUGGCCAACAGAGAGAUCCAACCGCCAUUUAAACCCAAAGUGUGCGGCAAAGGGGCAGAAAACUUCGACAAGUUUUUCACGCGUACCCAGCCCGUGCUGACCCCUCCCGACCAGCUGGUCAUCGCCAACAUCGACCAGAGCGAGUUUGCCGGCUUCUCCUACAUCAACCCUCAGUUCAUCCAUCCAUCCCUGCACAGCGUGGUAUGA